UUUCUAUCUUUAUGUAUAAUGACGCACUGCUAUUUUGGAGAUAUGUCAGCUGUUCGGUAUUAGCCUUUGGGAAAGCUGGGAAAAAAAGAAAAACAUUUUCAGCUGCUUGUCUGCCAAGGGAAACGGGAUAGCACACUGACCUGAGGAUCUUUGGUCAAAUUUUGGGGAAUAAUCUGGAAGGAAUUUGAACCACAAAAAAGCCUGGGUGGACUUUGGUAUUUUUGUCAUUAGCUUCAAAUAUGAUGUGUAUUUUCUGGACGUUAAUGUGAGGAACAUGUCAAGUUCUGCUAAUGGGUUCAACUGAUGUUGCUGAAAAUUGCUAAAGGUGUGUGAGAGGACAAGUUCCAAAACAUGGCAUUGAGGAUUCAGCUGGUGAAAGGGCUUGAGGAUGCGACACUGUGUGAGAAAGAAGCCUGUACAUUUGAGGUGGUCCUCAGUCACGCAUACGUCCGGGGUCAGUGGACCAGAGAUGGAGUCCCUAUUAAAUGCAGGCCUGUGUGUCGAAUUGCCAUGCAGGGCAAAAACCACACACUCACACUGACCCGGGUAACGCUGGCUGACAUGGGCAUCAUCAGCUUCAGGGCUGAAGGGAUUGAAACCUCUGCUAUGUUGACAGUCACAGCCAGGGAUAUAAAGAUUGUGAAGGCUCUUCAGAAUGUCAGUGUGACUGAGAGGGAGAGUUUGACAUUUAUCUGUGAGGUCAACUGGGAAGAUGUGGAUGGGAAGUGGUACAAGGACAACAGCCGGUUGAAAGCAGGGGACAACAUUAAAAUACGAAGCGAGGGUAAAAUACACUCCCUAACCUAUAAAUCAGUCAGAUCAGAAGAUGCCGGUGAGAUCAGAUUCACUGCCGAGAGGGUCUCUUCAACAGCAAUGCUACAAGUAAAAGAGCUUCCGGUUCAUUUUGUAAGGCCGCUGAGGGUAAAGAUUGCCAUGUACAAACACAGAGCCUUACUGGAGUGUCAGGUCUCCCGUGCCAAUGCUGUGGUUGAAUGGUAUAAAAGAAACCAAGAAAUUGUGCCAAACAGAAAGUACCAAGUUGUUAGUGAAGGCAUUUAUAGACAACUCAUCAUAGAGGAUGUGGGGUCCUCAGAUGAAGACACUUUUAUCUGUGAUGCUACUGAUGAGAGGACUUCUUGCCAGCUUUUUGUAGAAGAGCAGGCCAUCAGUAUUUUGAAAGGACUCAGUUCUGUGGAGGUUAUGGAACCUAAAGAGGCUUGUUUUAAAGUGGAAACCAGUAUUAAGUUGGAGAGGGCUCCAAAAUGGGCCCUGAAUGGGCAGAUACUGUUCCCCUGUCCAGACAUUAGGAUUGAGAGGCAAGGAACUUCUCACAGACUUAUUUUUACCCAAACUGACAGUAGUAUGUGUGGUACUGUACAGUUCACCUCGGGCAAGAGCAAGUCAGAAGCUCAACUAACAGUUACAGAGCGGCCUUUAAUCGUCAAACAGCCCAUCUCAGAUGUGGUGGAAAAGGAGAAUGGGUCUGUUACCCUCAGCUGUGAGUUCUGUCCGUCCCCCAGAGUGGUGCGCUGGUUUAAGGGCAGAACACCCUUGCUUGCCUCUAAUAAGUAUACAAUAAAGCGGGAGAAGAACCGGGUUGAGAUGACCAUCCUGGGUGUGAAGGCAGCAGAUUCGGGAGAGUAUCGCUGUGUGGCUGGUGGAUCAGAGACAAGAGGAAGAGUCAAUGUGGAAGUGAAAAAGUUGAAGAUCAUAAGACACCUGGAGCAAGUAGAGGCUGAGGAAGAUGGGACUGCAGUGUUCAGCUGUGAACUGAAUCACGAGUCGCCCAGUGUCCAGUGGCUUCUCAAUGACAAAGUGCUGCAUACCAACCACAUCAACAAAAUCCAGAACUCUGGAAAAGUGUACAGUCUGAUCCUGAAACGUCUUACUCCUCAAGAGAGCCGCAUAACAUUCAAAAGCCUUGAUAUCAGUGAAUCUGCAUUCCUCAGGGUCAGAGAAAAGCCAGCAGUGUUCUUCAGGUCACUGGAGGAUGUAGCAGGUGAAGAGCGUGGUGAAAUCCUUCUGCAGUGUGAGGUUUCCAAGCCAUCUGUGGCGCCAGUCUGGAGGAAAGAUGGUGAAACUCUGAACUCCACAGAGAAGUAUGAGAUUCUCCAUGUGGGAAAAUCCUUGACACUUAAAAUUCACAAGCUGAUAAAGGAUGACGGAGGGGAGUACAGCUGUGAUAUUGGCUGCAGCCAAACUAAAGCUAAAGUCAUAGUUCGGGACCUCCACAUAACUAUUGUCAAACGCAUACGGACAGCAACUGUGCUGGAAGGAGAAAGCUGCAGUUUUGAGUGUGUUCUGUCACAUGAUAUCACCGAUGAAGCAUUGUGGAAUUUGAAUGGCCAGCUUAUUGUUAACAAUGGACGGAUCAUAGUCGCUAACAAGGGUCGCAAAUACACAAUGAGCAUAGAGGAAGUGAUGAUAUCUGAUGCCGGCGAAGUGGUCUUUAAUAUCAAAGAACUCAGUUGCAGGACUAUGCUUUUUGUCAAAGAGAAACCUGUGAGAGUAUUUAGGGAUAUGCUAAAUGUUAAAGCCACACCCGGUGAAGAUCCAGAGCUCAGCUGUGAGAUCACCAAACCGGAUGCAACAGUUAAAUGGCUGAAAAAUGGCCGACAAAUUAGAGUCAGCCCGAAAUAUGAAAUCACUCAAAAGGAUUAUCUGGUGAAGCUCAUCAUCCAUAAUGCAGCCAUAAUGGACUCUGGAGAAUACUGCUGUGAGGCUGAUGGGAUUGCAACAAGGGCGAGAUUAGAUGUGAGAGAUUUGCAGCAUGCUUUUGCGAAGGAACUGAAGGAUGUACUUGCAGAGGAAAAGGGCAUAGUGGUCAUGGAGUGUGAAACCAGGCAGCCUGCCACAACAGUGACAUGGUUAAAAGGCCUGAUGGUGCUCAGAUCGGGGCACAAGUACAUAAUGAAGAAGAAAGAUGUUCUUCUUACUCUGACCAUCUUCAACCUGGAGAGGAGUGACAGUGCUGUUUACAUCUGUGAUGUUGGGACAAUGCAGAGCAGGGCAUUACUUACAGUUCAAGGUCAAAAAGUGGUUAUAGUGGAUGAGCUAGAAGAUAAAGAGUGUCUAGAAGGGGAGACCAUCAUCUUUAGGUGUCGAAUCUGCCCAAGUGACUACACUGAUGUUAAAUGGUACCUGGACGAGACCUUGCUGUACACCAACGAUCUUAACGAGAUCAUGAUGAUUCCUGGUGGCUACCAUACUCUUACCUUUAAACAGCUGGCACGGAAAGACACCGGCACCAUCAUCUUUGAGGCUGGGGACAAAAGAUCAUACGCAUCACUGUUAGUCAGAGAGAGACGCCCCACUAUUACUAAAGCUUUGGAGAACACAGAAGCAAUUGAAGGAGGAAGCUUGAUGCUGCUGUGCAAGACCUCAAAGCCAUGUCAUAUUGUUUGGUACAAGGACGGCUGUUUAAUCUGGAAUUCCUCAAAGUAUUUAGUGAGUCGGUCUGGAAAUGAGGCCAGGCUGGCCAUCCGGGAUGUAAAAGACAGUGAUGCAGGUGUAUACGAGUGCAAUGCAGGAUCUGUCAGUACUAAAGCCACUGUGACUGUUAAAGCUAUCCCUGCUGAGUUUACAAAAGAGCUUCAGAACCAGGAGGUGAAAGAGGGAGAAAGUGUGACACUGACAUGUGAAUAUUCGAUACCCGGCAUCCAGUUUGUGUGGCGGAAAGGACCAGAGACUCUAAAAUCUAGCGAGAAGUACCACAUGAGGCAGAGGAAAUCUUGCAUUUCUCUUGCAAUACACAACGUGAAACCGGAUGAUUCUGGGAAUUACACAUGCAUAUGCAGAGACCAGAAAACUAUGGCUACUGUUACAGUCAAUGCGGUUCCUAUAUCGUUCAUUAAAGAACUCAAGAACCAAGAGACAGAGGAGGGUAAAAAUAUGACCUUACGCUGUGAGCUUUCUAAAGCUGGUGUCCCAGUAGAAUGGCUGAAAGGUAAACAAACUCUCUGUCCCGGGGAGAAGUAUCAGAUGAGGCACAUAGUCACAAUAUUGGAGUUGGUAAUCAGAAACCCAGUGCCUGAAGACAGUGGAACCUACAUCUGUGUGUGUGAGAAUCAAAGCACUAAAGCCGAUAUCAAAAUACGAACUCAACCCAUCACGUUCAAACAGAAGUUAAGAAAUCAAAUGAGUGAGGAGGGAAGCAGCGUAAUAUUACAUUGUGAGAUAUCCAAAGCAGACAUCCUAGUUGAGUGGAGAAAGGGGAACAUCCUCCUCAAAUCUGGAGAGAAGUACAAGAUCAGACAGAGAGGAUGCAUUCUAGAGCUGAAGAUUUUUAAUUUGACGCAAGAAGAUAGUGGACUCUAUAGCUGUGCAAGUGAAACUGCGGAGACGUCUGCCAACGUCACUGUUAGCGCUCAACAUGUAAUUUUCAAAGAGAAGCUGAAAAACGUGGUGGCCGACGAAGGGAAGACGAUAACAUUGCACUGUGAGGUUUCCAAAACAGGUGUCCCGGUACAGUGGUGGAAGGGAGAUGAACUGCUUAGGUUUGGAGAGAAGUACAAGAUGAGAGAACGAGACACAUCAGUUGAGCUGAUCAUCAGUGAGGCUGUGGCUGAAGACAGUGGAGUCUACAGAUGUGUCUGUGGAGACCAAAAGACCAAAGCUACAAUCAAAAUAGUUGGUGCUCCUGCUACUUUUAAGCAAGACCUUAAGAACCAAGAAGCUCUGGAAGGGGGAUCUAUAACUCUACACUGUGAGCUCUCCAAAUCUGACUCACCUGUGGAGUGGAGGAGAGGAGAAAAACUGAUCCUUCCAGGUUCACGGUUCCAAAUGAGGCUGGAUGGUAAGACUGCAGAGUUGGUAAUAAGUAACGUUUUUGCUGAAGAUGCUGGAACAUACAGCUGUGUAACUGCAGACCAAAAGACCACAGCUGAAGUAAAAGUCAAAAGUCUUCCAAUUACAUUCAAGCGAGAGCUUCAGAACCAGGUGUCUGUAGAAGGUGAGAGUGCAGUAUUCACCUGCGAGCUUUCAAGGCCUGGUGCUCCAGUCGAGUGGAGGAAAGGUAGAGUGAUUCUGAAAGCUGGAGCCAAAUAUCACACAACGCUUGAGGGCCGAUUAACCAAACUGGCCAUAAACAACCUUGUGGAAGGUGAUGCAGGAAAUUACACCUGUAAAACCAAAGACUCACAGUCAACAGCCGAAUUGACAGUUCAAGGACUCCCUGCUACAUUUAAAGCAACUCUAAAGAGCCAAGAAGUUCAGGAAGGGAACAGUGUCACUUUGAACUGUGAACUUUCAAAAACUGGAAGUCGGGUAGAGUGGUGGAAGGGAGAAGAAAUGCUCAAGACUGGGGAAAAAUAUCAACUAAGACACAAAGAAGCAAAAGCAGAGCUACUAAUAAGGAAGGCACAACCAGAAGACAGUGGGGUCUAUCGAUGUGUGUGUGGAGAACAUAAGACCGAAGCCACCAUCAAAGUUAAUGCUUUUCCCAUAACCUUCAAACAAGAGCUGAAGAAUCAAGAAGGCGAUGAAGGGAACAACGUCAUCUUGCGAUGUGAACUCUCGAAGGCCAGUGCUGAUGUACAGUGGCUAAAGGGAGAAGAAGCCCUUACUCCUGGAGAAAAGUACCAGAUGAGACAGACUGGAACUAAAUUGGAGCUCGUUAUCAGGAAAGCCAUACUUGAAGAUGAUGGAGUCUACGUUUGCGUAUGCCCUGAUCAAACAUCCAAAGCUACUGUUAAAAUUAAUGCUACUCCAAUCACUUUCAAACAAAACCUGAGAAAUCAAGAGGUGACAGAGGGGAACACUGUUGCAUUGCGCUGUGAGCUUUCCAAACCAGGAGCCACAGUGAGAUGGUGGAAAAGUGCAGAGAUUCUGCAAGCUGGAGAAAGGUAUCAGAUGAGGACAGAGGGAAGGAUUGCAGAACUUCUCAUCAAGAAUGUCAACUCUGAAGAUGUCGGCUUCUACAGCUGCACUAUGGGAAAAGAAAAAACGACUGCAGAGGUCAAAGUCAGGGCUCUACCUGUCACUUUUAAACGAGAACUCCAAAACGAAGUAACCAAAGAAGGUGGGCAGGCUGUGUUUAGCUGUGAGCUCUCUAAACCUGGCGCUCAAGUCGAUUGGAGAAAAGGAAGAGUUAUUCUUAAAGCCGAUGACAAGUAUGAAAUGAAGCAAGAGGGAACACUUACUCAACUGUUCAUACAUAAUGUUGAACCAAGUGAUGCAGGGAACUAUUCAUGUAAAACUAAGGAUUCUGAGUCAACUGCAGAGCUCACUGUUAAGGUUCCACCUAUCACUUUCAAAGUCAAAUUGAAGAAUCAAGAAGUCGAAGAAGAUAAUAAACUCACGUUACAUUGUGAGCUCUCAAAAGCUGGUUGUCCUGUUGAAUGGAGGAAGGGGGAAGAGGUCCUCAGACAUGGAUAUAGGUAUCAAAUCAGGGAAAAUGAUGUUGCAAGGGAGCUGAUCAUCAUGAGCGCCAUACCUGAAGACAGUGGAGUGUACAGUUGCAUUUGUGGGGAGCAGAAGACCAAAGCCACAGUCAGAGUGAUCGCCACGCCAGUAACUUUUAAACAAAACCUGAAGAACCAAGAAGCCCCUGAGGGAGGUGUUGUUGUUCUGCACUGUGAGCUGUCCAAAGCUGGAGUACCGGUAACAUGGUUAAAAGGGGACGAGGAGCUUUAUAGUGGGACUAAGUACAAGAUUAAGCAGGAGGGAUUGGCUGCCGAAUUACACAUUAAAAACGUCCUUCCUAUGGAUGUUGGGGAAUACAGCUGCAUUAUUGGAGACCAGAAGACAACAGCAGAAGUUAAUGUUAGGGCUGCAGCCUCUGUGUUCUUUGAGAAAGAGCUUGAGAGUCAAGAAGCAACAGAAGGCGAAUCUGUCCUGUUUAGUUGUCUGCUCUCUAACGACAAUGCCCCAGUGACCUGGAGAAAAGAUACAGAUCAGAUCACACAGGGUGGACGGUAUACCCUCCACCGAAAAGGCUCCACUCAGGAACUUGAAAUCAGGAAACUGAGACUGGGGGAUGCUGGUGUUUACACGUGCAACGUCAGGGGCAAAAAGAGCUCCGCGACCCUCAGAGUGAUAGAGCGUGUGAGGAUUGUGAAAGGACUGCGUGACUUGACGGUUACUGAAGGCGAGAGCGCCCACUUUGUUUGUGAGCUUUCACAUGAAAACAUUCUUGAUGGAGUUUGGUGGCUUGCUUCUAACGUGCUGCAAGAAAACGAGAUGAACCAGAUGAGUAUCUGUGGCCGCCAACACCACUUGACGCUUACUAUGACUACACCUGAAGAGUCGGGCGUUGUGUCCUUUGUGGUGGGAAAUGAAAAGACAUCUGCUCGUUUGCGAGUAAACAGCAAACCUAAAGUUUUCAUCGAGGAAAGACUGAAGGACAUGAUCAUUUUUGAGGGAGAUUCUGCCACUCUGUCCUGUGUGACUUCUGAUUCCUGCACACCAGUCACUUGGAAACGGAACAAUGUAACCCUGCUGCCUGGGGAAAAGUAUGAGCCACUGAAACAUGGCAAACGUAAUAUUCUUCUCAUUCACAAAGUCAGAGCAGAGGAUGCUGGGAUUUACAUGUGCGACACAGGAGACAUGCAGAGUAGUGCUACUCUUACAGUCAAAGAACGUCCUUUGUUUUCUGUGGGGAGCUCCAAAACCAAGAUGCAGAAGAGGGUGAAACUGCUUUCUUGUGCUGUGAGCUUUCUCAGCCUGCAGUUGCAGUUGAGUGGAAGAAGGGAGCAUCAAGACAGUGGGGCCUACAGAUGUUGCGCUGAUGGCAUUGAAACAAGGGCCAGUAUCACUGUGAAAGAGCGUCCUUUGUUUUUUUGUGAGGAGCUUCAAAACCAAGAAACCGAGGAAGGUGAAACCGCCUUCCUGUGCUGUGAGCUCUCUAAACCUGGAGUGCUGGUACAGUGGAAGAAGGGGGCAUUGCUCUUGAAGAAUGGACAUAAGUAUUCAAUGACGCAAGAAGGAAAUGAAGUACAGCUUCAGAUUUAUGACCUGACAAGUCAAGACAGUGGCGUCUACAGAUGCUGUGCUGGCAACCUCGAAACACGGGCUAAUAUUGUUGUUAAAGAGCAACCUCUUUUCUUCUGUGAGGAACUUCAUAACCAGCAGGCAGAGGAGGGCGAGACCGCUUUUCUUUGCUGUGAGCUCUCUAAACCAGGAAUUGAGGUGCAAUGGAAGAAGGGGGCUAUACGACUGAGACCAGGAAACAAAUAUGAGAUGAAACAAGAUGGCUGCAAAGUACAGUUACAGAUCCAUGACCUGACAUCUGAGGACAGUGGCACAUACAAGUGCUGCUCUGGAAGCCUUGCUACAACUGCGUCUAUUGUGGUCAAGGAACAUCCAUUGUACUUUAUCCGGAUGCUUGAGUGUCAAGAAGCAGAAGAGGGGGAAACUGUUUUCCUUUGCUGUGAGCUUUCAAAACCUGGGGCUGCUGUACAGUGGAAGAAGGGAUCUGUGCUGCUAAAGCCUGGAAGGAAGUAUGAAAUAAAGCAGAAUGGUGGUGAACUGCAGCUUCAGAUCCAUGAGCUCACAAGCCAAGACAGUGGUGUUUACACAUGCUGUGUUGGCAGUCUAGUGACCUCAGCAUCUCUGGAUGUGAAAGAACAACCACUGUAUUUCUGUGAGGAGCUCCAAAGGCAAACAGUAGAUGAAGGUGAGACUGCUGUACUGAGCUGUGAGCUCUCUAAAGCCAGGGUGGAGGUGCAGUGGAAGAAGGGAAUGAUGCUGCUUAGACCAGGAAACAAAUAUAAGAUGAAACAAGAUGGCUGUAAAUUGCAGCUUCUGAUACUUGAGUUGAGCUGUCAGGACAGUGGCAUCUACAAAUGUUGUGCCGGAAGCUUGGAGACCUCAGCAUCUCUUGAUGUGAAAGAAUUUCCAGUUGUCUUCAAAGAGGAACUCCAAAAUCAGGAGGUAGAGGAGGGCAAAAUGGCCUUCCUGACCUGUGAAUUGUCAAAACCUGGAGUUGCUGUGCAGUGGAAAAAGGGAGUAGUGUUGCUAAAACCAGGAAACAAGUAUGAGAUGAAGCAAGAUGGCUGUCGACAGCAGCUUCAGAUAUAUGACCUGAAAAGUGAGGACAGUGGAUCUUAUAGAUGUUGUGCUGGCAGUCUGGUCACAGCGGCUGCUCUUGUGGUAAAGGAACUUCCCUUGUUCUUCUCUGAGGAGCUACAAAACUAUGAAGUAGAAGAGGGUAAGACCGCAAUAUUGUCUUGUGAGCUCUCGAAACCUGGAGUCUCAGUGCAGUGGAAGAAAGGAACAGUGUUGCUGAAGCCAAGUCAAAAAUAUGAUAUAAAUGAAAAAGGCUGUCAGCUACAGCUUCAGAUUCAUGAGCUAACAGCUCAAGACAGCGGGUCCUACAAAUGUUGUGCUGGAAGUGUGGUCACAACUGCAUCUCUUGUGGUGAAAGAACACCCCUUGUUUUUCUCCAAAGAGCUCCAAAACCAUGAAGCAGAAGAGGGUAGGACAGCAAUAUUGUCUUGUGAGCUCUCGAAACCUGGAGUCUCAGUGCAGUGGAAGAAAGGAACUUUGCUUUUAAAACUGAGUAAAAGAUAUGAGAUUAAACAGGACGGUUGUCAGCUACAGCUUCAGAUUCAUGAGUUAACCGUUCAGGACAGUGGAGCCUACAAAUGUUGUGCUGGAAGCCUGAUCACAACUGCAACUCUUGUGGUGAAAGAAAAGCCAUUGUUUUUCUCUGAUGUGCUACAAAACCAAGAAGCAGAGGAGGGUAAUACAGUUAUAAUGCGCUGUGAGCUCUCUAAACCUGGAGUCUCUGUGCAGUGGAAGAAAGGAACAGUGUUGCUGAAGCCAAGUCAAAAAUAUGAAAUAAAAGAGGAUGGCUGUAAACUACAGCUCAAUGUUCAUGAAUUAACAGCUCAAGACAGCGGGACCUACAAAUGUUGUGCUGGAAGCCUGGUCACAACUGCUUCUCUUGUGGUGAAGGAAAAGCCAUUGUUUUUCUCUGAGGAGCUACAAAACCAAGAAUCAGAGGAGGGUAAAACAGCAAUAUUGCGCUGUGAGCUCUCUAAUGCAGGAGUUUCAGUGCAGUGGAAGAAAGGGACAGUACUUUUGAAGCCAAGUAAGAAAUAUGAGAUAAAACAAGAUGUCCGUCAACUUCAGCUUCAGAUUCAUGAAUUAACUACUCAGGACAGUGGGGCCUACAAAUGUUGUGCUGGAAACCUUGUCACAACUGCUUCCCUUGUGGUAAAAGAACAUCCCUUGUUCUUCUCUGAGAAGCUACAAAACCAAGAAGCAGAGGAAGGAAAAAUGGUUAUAUUGCGAUGUGAGCUCUCUAAACGUGGAGUCUCAGUGCAGUGGAAGAAAGGAACAGUGCUUUUGAAGCCAAGUAAAAAAUAUGAGAUGAAACAGGAUGGCUGUCAAGUACAUCUUCAGAUCAAUGAACUAACAGCUCAGGACAGUGGGGCCUACAAAUGUUGUGCUGGGAACCUUGUAGCUACUUGCUCUGUAACAGUGAAAGAGCCACCAAUAUUCUUCCGCAAGAACCUCCAAAGUAUUGAAGCAGAAGGAGAGCAACCUUUAGUUUUCUGCAAGAGCCUUCAAAACCUUGAGGCAGAUGAAGGUGAAACAGCACUAUUGACCUGUGAGCUCUCCAAAACUGGAGUUGCUGUGCAGUGGAAAAAGGGAACAGCAUUGCUAAAACUGGGAAAGAAGUAUGAGAUGAAACAGAAUGGCUGUGAAUUGCACCUUAAAAUAUGUGAUCUUAAAUGUCAGGACAGUGGUGUCUACAAAUGCUGUGCUGCUGGAAUUGAGACCACAGCUUCUGUGGUUAUAAAAGAAGCUCAAUUGUUAAGUAAAUCUGUGCCAGAAGCCCCACCUAGAUCAAAAGGAAAAAAUAAUGUGGAGGAAGCACACAGUGGACAAGUUCAACAAAAAGAGGCUAUAGGAAUUGAUGAAUCAGAUAUUUCUAUGUUGAAGCCUUCAGCAGUUCACUUCCAGGAUCUUCUUGAGAAAUCAAUGGAUGACCAGGAAACCCAGAGGGAAUCAUUGCUGAGACAAAUGGGAAGGGAUGCAAGUUCCAAAAUGGUAAUCAAUGAGUCUAAUCGCAGCAUGGAUAAACCUACAACUCCUACAACCAGUGCACCUGACGGACAAAGAAACAAACUACUAGACACUAGUGAUUUUACUAAGAUUUUUGUGGAUCAGAGCAAUGAACAGGUUUCAGAGGAAUUUGAAAAGAAAACUCCAAGAAUAGAUACCAAUGAGAGCAAGAAACCACCUAAAGAAAUUCCCCAACCUCCACCGCGGUCAAAGGGUAAGGCCACAAAUCCAGAUGCUUUACUCCAAGACCAGCACAAUGGUUUUAAAACGAGCAUACAGAAUAUUAAAGAGCCAGAUGUAGACAAGGAGGUCAAGAAACAAUAUGAUGUCAUGCAGCCAAAUGUGGAGACCACAAAGGCAUCUAAAGAAGUUGACCAAUCACUUACCAAGGAGAAGUUCUCCCAAUCACACAUUGAAGCCAAAGGACAAUCCUAUGUUUUGGAAGAAAAUAGGCAAAAUUUGGAUGUAAAACAAACUGUGGGUACAACUUUGAAGGUGUCUGAAUAUGGCUUAGACCGACCAGGCUUUGAAGAGAAAACAUCCAAACACAUUGAAACAUCUCAAGAACCACCAAAAAAAGAAGCAAGUAUUGACAUCACAACCCAGAAACCUAAAGAACAAACCAUUCUUUCAAAGAAAUUGACAACAAUUCCUGUUAGAGGCAUGCAAAAGGAUUCACAGGAAAGUGAUACUAAUUUACCACACACUGAAAGCCGGUAUCUAGAAAAUGUCAAGCCGGCUAUGGAUGAACAUCAUGGAAAAGUACAAAAGCAUGUUACAGAAGCAUCAAAUAUUGCCAUUACAGGCCAGAAAGAGGUAAUUCCUGUAGUAAAAGCUACAGUAGUGCAUUUUAAAGAUGUGCAGAGGGAAUCACAAGGAGAUGAAUCAAACUUACUGCACAUUGAUAAUGGAGAUAUAAUGAAACAUGAUGAAAAAGCUGGAAAAUAUGUUAAGGACAAUGUACCAAGCUUUGCAGCUCAAACCUUUAAAGAAGAAGCAAUUCCUGCAGAGAAAGAUACAAGAAGGCCUAUUAGGGAUUCACAACAAGGUAAACCAAAUUUACCGCAAACCAGCAGCGAAGAUCAGAAAAAUGUCAAGCAGGUUGUGGAUGAACAUGAUGGAAAAGAAUCAAAGCAUAUUAAAGAGAAAGUACAAAGCAUUAUGAGCCAGAAGCUCAAAGAACAGAUCAUUCCUGGAGAGAAAGUUACUGCAGUGCCUUUUAGAAGGGUGCAGAAGGCAUCAGAGGAAGUUGAACUGAACUUACCAAGCAUGGAUAACGGAGAUCAGAAAAACGUAAAGCAUGUCGUUCAUGAAAAUAUUACCGGAGAAUCCAAUACUCAACCUGAGGUCACAAGUUUGGAGAAAACCUCAAAAGUCGAACAAGACGUAGAUCUUGAGGAUGAGCCAGAGAUGCUUGAAGCUGCCAUUAAGAUACAAGCUGCUUUCAAGGGCUACAAAACAAGAAAGGACAUGAGGCUCAUCUUUAAAGAGGUUUUCAAAAACCAGACUAUUGACCUUGGCGGCACUGCGUUCCUGGAGUGUGUCGUGGAAGGUAAAAUCGGCUCUGUGCGCUGGCUUAAAGAUGGAGUAGAUCUCAAGCCUGGAAAAAGGCACACAAUCACCCACAAUCAAGAUGGUGGGUGUCGUCUAGAAAUUUGCAGUGUUACUAAUAAAGAUGCUGGAAUCUACACGUGUGAAGUUGCAAACAAGUUUGGAGCUGUUAGUUACAAUGGGAAUGUGAUGGUGGGUAAACCUCAGAAGCCGUCACAAACACUUCAGCCUGCACAAACGCCAGGCACUGAAACUGUCACCGAGAAGAUGGUUGUGCCUACUGUAAAUACUGAAGAGGAGUCAUUGAGACUUGCAUAUGACCUUCCGGCAGAUGACACCUACAGCAAGAUCCAGGAGAAAAGAAGAAGUCUCAUUUCUGUCAGCUCCAUAUCCUGUUACUCAGAUUAUGACACAGCACCUGAUGUUGAGACGGAAAUCCAAUCUAGGGGAAGACAGACAAGAAAAUCAAAAACUGAGGCUCCUAGUACACACACUUCAGAAGAAGAACAAAUAAUUAGUGUACAAACUUUAAAGACUACAGGCCAGCUGAAAGAAAAAGGUGGUGAUGCACAGAGCCACACACCUUCUCCCAAACGCAUGCAUUCCUACAAGCCUUCUGCAAAUACUGAAUCAUUCUCUGAGUCAGAUGGAGAUGAUGACAGAGGAAAGAUAUUUGAUAUUUAUGUGGCCAAAACCGACUGUCAUCCAAUGGGAGGAAACAGGGAGGCCUUUGUUCUGAAGGAAGGUCAGUUUGUGGAGGUCCUGGACUCAGCCCAUCCUGUUAGGUGGCUUGUCCGUACCAAGCCAACCAAGAUCACACCGUCCCGUCAGGGCUGGGUGUCCCCGGCAUACCUAGAAAAGAAGACAAGGGAAAUAUUUUCAUUGGCCCAUGAAUCCGAGACAAGAGAAUCCCCCGAUAAAGGCAAAAAGAUCUUCACAAAAGAUGAGCACUUCUUGAUUCAAAGCCGCUUAAUCAAGGGACUUCUUGAUGGUGAAAAGAGUUUUGUUUGGGAGAUGAACUUCUUUGUGGAGCACCAUUUACAAUACUUGGAGACAAGCUGUAAAGUUCCUCUCACUAUCCUCAGUCAAAAAGAGUACAUAUUCAGAAAUAUCAGGGACAUUGCAAGUUUCCAUGAAUGCUGUAUUCUUCCCAAGCUGGAGAUGUGCUUCUCAGACGAUGAUGUUGCCCAGUGUUUUGUCAGUUAUGCAGCAGACUUUGAAAUGUAUCUCCAGUUCAUUACAGGCCUGCCCCAAGCUGAGGCCUGCAUAUCUGACAAAAACACACAGCAUUUCUUUAAGCAAUAUGCAAACAUAGAGCUGGCAGAUCUUGAUACCCAGGUCUUCAGUGUUGGCACAUAUUUGCAGAGACCCAUGGAAAGAAUUGAAACAUACAAGACUUUGUUUAAGGAGAUGAUCAGGAACAAAGCAAAAAGCGGACAGAGCUGUUGUCUAUUAGAGGAUGCCUUUGCCAUGGUUUCCAGCUUGCCGUGGCGUGCAGAGAACUUGCAUCAUCUGUCCUUGAUUGAAAAUUACCCUGCACCUCUCAAGGGGCUCGGAGAACCCAUUAGACAGGGCCAUUUUACAGCAUGGGAGGAGAUUCCUGAGGUCAAAAGCUCUCAGAGAGGACAUCACCGCCAUGUCUUUCUCUUCAAAGACUGCAUUGUCUUCUGCACCAAAAGAGAAGUUGGGACACACACUGAGGCCUACAUAUUCAAGAAUAAAAUGAAGUUGAGUGAUAUUGAUGUAAAGGACACAGCAGAAGGAGAUGACAGGUCAUUUGGGGUUUGGCACGAACAUCGGGGAAUGGUGAGAAAAAUCAUUUUGCAAGCUCGUUCCAUCCUUCUUCGUCUCUCCUGGCUCAAAGACCUGAGAGACCUGCAACAGCGCAGCAAACAGCCCGCUUGGAGUGCCCCAUGCUUUGAGCAGCAUCUUACUGACUAUCCUGCAAAACUUGGGCAAACUGUUAAACUGGUCUGUAAGGUCACUGGUACACCAAAGCCAGUAGUAAAGUGGUAUAAAGAUGGCCGCGCUGUGGAGGAUGAUCAGCAUCACAUUACAUCAGAAGGACAGUUGGGUGCUUGUUAUCUUGUACUGACUGGUGUCACAGUGGCAGACUCGGGUCAAUACAUGUGUUAUGCAACCAAUCCUGCAGGGAGUGCAAGCACUCUGGCUAAUAUUAUGGUUGAUGUGCCUCCAAGUUUCACGACCAGACUACAGAACGCAGUGCUUGUAAAAGGACAAGAUGUGCAGUUCAAGUGUUCCACACAAUCUGUUCCGUUCCCAUCAAUAAGGUGGUUUAAGGAUGACAUUCAGCUUGAGGAUAGUAGGAAACACCUGAUCCAGUCUGAUGUUCAGACAGGAAUUCUUACUCUGACUAUAACGAAAGCGGAUGAGGCUGACGUGGGUCAAUACCAGUGUGAGCUACUGAACGAAGUGGGCAGUGCCAUGUGUAAAGCUGAACUCUGUCCUCCAGCAGCAGCAGCUAUGACAGUCUGCUCUCAAAAACAAUCACAAACCAUUCCAGCUCAAGAGUCCCAAUCAGAAGGCUGGUCCAGUUCCUUUGUGAAGAACCUGUUUCAUAUACUCUUUCAACCUGGAUACCCUGAUUCAGCUGCCGCACACACUGUGGAGGAACAGCAUGAUGUGGAGAGGCAGGAAUCACCAGAAGAGCCAGAGGAAACACACUUUUACUCAGAAACUGAAGAGCAUGUGCUCACAGAGCCUCCGGCUGUGCAGGUGGCCAUUGAAGACCUCACAAUCCGACCUGGUCAGCCUGCAACGUUCUGUGCCAUUAUUACUGGCCAGCCCAGCCCAGAGAUUCAGUGGUUUAAGGAUGACAUAGAAAUCUCAUCCAGUGAGUACACAGAAAUAGUCCAAAGCGGUGCACGUUGCUACCUCACAUUGCUGGAUACUCAGACAGAGGACUGUGGCACCUACACCUGUAUAGCCAGCAACAGUGCAGGACAGGUGUUUUGUCACGCACAACUUAAUGUUGACACAGGCCCAGAAGAAAUUGAGGAGGAGAGAGAAGUGGAAUUUGGAAAAAGACGGAAACUACAUUCUGUGUAUGAUGUUUAUGAAGAAAUAGGAAGGGGCACUUUUGGAGUGGUUAAAAAAGUCACACACAAGGCGAGUAGUGAAUGCUUUGCUGCUAAGUUUCUUCCGCUCAGAAGCAGCACACGAACCCGAGCAUUUCAGGAGAGAGACCUGCUGUCCCGUCUCGCUCACCGCAGACUCGCCUGCCUGCUGGACUUUUUCUCCACAAGACGCACACUGGUGUUGGUGGUAGAAUUAUGUUCUUCACAAAGCUUACUAGAUCACUUGUAUUUAAACGGAUCGGUCACAGAGAAGGAGGUUCAGUUAUAUAUUCAGCAGGUUCUGGAGGGAAUCGGACACAUACAUGGUAUGAAUAUACUACAUCUGGAUAUCAAAACAGACAACAUCCUAAUGGUGUCCCCCACAAGAGAAGACAUCAAAAUAUGUGACUUUGGCUUUUGCCAGGAAAUUGACAGCUCCAGACAUCAAUACAGCAAAUUUGGAACACCUGAAUUUAUUGCUCCAGAAAUUGUCCACCAGGAGCCUGUGACAGCAGCCACUGAUAUCUGGUCUCUUGGUGUGGUUGCUUACUUAUGCUUAACAUGCCACUGUCCUUUUUUCGGGGAGAACGACCGUGCCACACUGAUGAAGGUUGCUGAAGGUGUGCUGUACUGGGACACACCUGAAAUCACAAGCAGAAGUGUGGAGGCACAGGAUUUCCUACAUAGGGUUCUACAGCCAGACCCAGAAAUGAGACCAUCUGCGUCUGAGUGUUUGAGCCAUGAGUGGUUUCAGGGUUACUAUGAAGAUGAAGAACCAGAGGAAAUAAACACCAAGAAUUUAAAAUCUUUUAUAUCAAGGAGAAAAUGGCAGCGUUCUUUAACAUGCCUUGGCUCAGUGCUGACUCUGAGACCAAUCCCAGAGUUGUUGGAGGCUCCUCUGCGUGACGUUGCGAUUACAGCUCCAAGAGACACCCAGCAGCCCAGCAGCACCUCCAUAAGUAGCGGAUCCUCUUCAGAGUACGAUGAGGCCGAUGCCUGGGACUUCUUCCAGCAGGUCAGCGAGGAGGAGGAAGAUGAUUUGGAGGAGGAGGAUGAAUACACUCAUGUGUCAAAGUCUCCCACUAUUUUAAAACGGGAAGAAGAAGAAGUGCUAAUCGGUGAGGACAGAGUUCACAGCGGCCCAUUGGUGAUUCCUAUGACUGGAUUGUCAAUAGAGCCCAUUGAUUUGGAGCAGCGGGACGACAGCUCUUCUGUUCUUCUCUCUGAGGGGGAUGAAGGAUUGGCUGGUGGGCCUCCUAUACCGCGUCGUAUCCUCAUCAAGAGCACUUUUUAUUGCAGCUCAGAGCAGCUUUCACCUAUGUCUGCUCGUCACAUGACCCUUCGGGAUAAAAUCCAAUCUAAAAAGCAAGAGCGUGGCCGUAAAGCACUCCGUGCCAGCCUCUCUGGCAGGUUAAAUGAACCCCUCAUUGAGUAUGUAGAAGAUUCCCCAGACCUAGAAGCGAAUCGUAACCAGAGAAGAGCAUCGAUGCAUGCAUCUAUCCUCAAGUCCAGCUCAUUUGAUAGUGGAGUGAGUGCUGGUCAUCCAAGCAUAUGCACCCAGAGAAGAAGCAGAUCAUUAGAUGUUUACACUCAACGCUCUCCAGUUCCAACGGCGCAAGAAGAGGAUGACCAUGAUCCUGAAAUUAACAAGAAAACUGAUGAAGAAGAGGAGAAAACUGAAGAAGUCCAGGUUAGAAGGAAACUCUGCCGUCGCUCUGCGUUUUUGUCAAAGAAGGGACCUGUAAAUAUGAGAAAGCAGAAAGACGAGGUCCAAGAAUCUGAUGAAGAACAUCAGGAAGUUUCAAAAAGUACAUGUGAGGAUGACCACCAAUUGCAGAGUUUGGAAAUCGAAGCAGCACAAUCAGAUGAUGAGGAGAGCGUGGAUGGCUCUCACAUUUCCUUAGCAUGCUCGCUUGACCAUGGUUCAGAGGCAGGAUCAUAUGAAGGACUUCUCCACAGAUCCCACCAUGAUGCCUCCUUGAUUGCUGGAUCUUCUGGCAAAACAUCUGCAUCCUCAUGCUUACUUCAGGACUCUGAGGAUGAGGACAUGGAGAGAGUCUUGAGAUCUCUUCGCCAAGACCUUCCGCAAGCCCCACCAAGACGCCGCACCAACAGUUCAAGCUCUGGACUAAAUGAGGUUCGCAGUAAGAGCAGUGUCCCACUGAGAAGAAGCUCCUCUGCUGUUCCUGUUCAGGCUGCAAUAGCAAAUCGGGAAAGCAAAGAGGUGCUUCAAAGACAUGCUUCAGCCCCGGCUCUACAAGAUAAACCUCUUAGUGGAAAAUCUUCCAAGCCUGGAUUCAUGAAGAUCUUUCGCAAGCAUUCCUGGGCUAGCCAUUCUUCUCCUCAACUAGAGGCAUCCGAAAAGAAACAUGCAGAGGGAGCACAACCCAAGACCCCUCUUUUAGCACUGAGGAAAAAGAUGCGAGCUUCAGCCUCUAGUAUUACGAAACUGUUCACCCGACAGUCCAGCAAGGAGGAUGUGGAGAAGAAGAAAGUUGGGCCAAUUGUGAAGAAUGCCUCCUCUGUCAUGCAAGAGCAGAUGACUUGCUCAGUUCCAGCUCCCACCUCAUCUGAAAGCCCUCAGAAGAAGAGCAAACUGUUCUCACUGAAAGUGCCAAUAUUUAAGAAAAGCAAAGAAUGUCCAGUCAAACCAUCCAGGCCAGAUGUAAUUCAGCUAGCAGGAGGAGGAGCGCUUGUGUUCUGGAAACCUGUGCCAUCCAAAGAGCUUGUCACAUAUUGUAUUCAGUAUAGUAUAAAUGGUGGGGAGUGGAGAGUGUUGUCAGAAAAUGUCACAGAUAGCUAUUUCACUGCUAAGACUCUUCCAAGAGGACCAGGAUAUAUGUUCAGAGUUUCCUAUCACACUAAGACAGGGCUGGCACCUUUCAGUGAUCCAUCACCACCUGCCUUCAUGGCCAUACCUUAUGAAGACUCUCACAGUCCUCUUAUUGAGAUGGAGUCCAUUGGGUCAAAGAUCACUGUACCUGGAGGUCUUGGCACUGAAAAGUCUUACAGAUUCCUGUCUGAAAUCAACAGAGGCCGUUUCAGCGUGGUGAUGCAGUGUGAAGACAGCCGCAGCUCUCAGAUGCUGGCAGCUAAAAUGACUCCCUACAGACCAGAGCAGAGGCAGCUGGUUUUGAGGGAAUAUCAAGUGCUCCGUCGACUCAGUCACCCUCGAAUCGUCCAGCUGCAUUCGGCCAUACUCACCUCCACCUGCCUGCUGCUUAUAGAGGAGCUGUGCUCAGGGCGAGAGCUGCUUUAUAACCUCGCUGAAAGGAAUUUGUAUUCAGAAGCACAUGUGACUGACCUGCUGGAGCAGAUUCUGAGCGCUGUGGAUUACCUGCACAGUCGGCGCAUUGUACACUUGGACCUGAAGUCAGACAACAUGCUUGUGACGGGCAGAAAUUUAGUGAAGAUUGUGGAUUUGGGCUCCGCUCAGCCGUUUAAUCCAGGACAAGCACUGAACAUUGAACACAUAAGAGAAAUGACAGAUAAUAAAGGUUAUAUUGUCCUUCCUAAAGCUCCUGAAAUCUUAGAAGGACAAGGAGUUGGGCCUGAAACCGAUAUCUGGGCUAUUGGCGUUUUGGCUUUUAUAAUGUUGAGUGCAGACAGUCCUUUCCAUGCGGAUUUAAAUUGGGAAAGGGAUCGAAACAUCAAAAAAGGCAAGAUCCAGUUCAGUCGCUGUUACCCAGGUCUCUCAGAAGGAGCCAUCAACUUCAUGAAGAACACCCUGAGCAACAAAGCCUGGGCAAGACCAACAGCAGCAGAGUGCCUCCAGAACCCCUGGAUUGAAGGAGAGCAUCCAUCUUCCAAACACUCAGACUCUGUGGUGUGCUUUUCAGCAGACAAGCUGCAGGGCUAUCUCAGGGAACGAGAGGCCAAGAGAGACCACGUCCGCACAAAAACUCAACUGCCCCUCUCAUGAUUGGUUGGACAAAAGUGAUACGGCAAACUGUGAAAUGAGUGAGGUUUAUUUCUGUGCUGUACUUCCAUGCGGGGAAAUAUUAUGCUUAACAUUUUUUAGCAGUAAUGAUAAUUGGUUGUAUUUCUUUAGAUGUUUGGUUACAGUUUAUUUCAAGGUGUGAUUGUUAGUUACUAUUUAUUACUAUUGAGGAACGUUAAUUUGGUACAAAUACCAUAACAAAUUAACAGUAUAUGCUUAGGGUUAGAAUGCUGGUUGGGUUUAUAGUUAGUAGCAUGCAAUUAUAAUUACUUUAGUAAGUACAUGGGAUAUGAAAUAUGUGGGACAAGUGUAACUAGGACACCUUAAAAUAAAGUGUUACUGAUAUUUUUCAACAGGUGCACUCAGACAGUCUGCAUGAUGGUGUUUUGAUGACUGCUUUAUCAGUGAUACACUCAUUUUAUAAACAUGAUUUUAGGAUAGUGUGAACAAAUCUGUUUAAUGGCUUUAUGAAUGGCAUAAAACAGUUUUUGGCAAACUUUUAAAAAUAUAAUGAUUUAAGGUGCUUUUGAUUCAUACAUUUAGCUGCAGUUACAGAAGAAUCCCAGUCUGUCUGUCUGUCUUAUCUAUCUGUUGAUCUAUGAAUGUAAGAUGUAGGGUUGUGACUGUUUUUUCUGAUUAUCUAUUGUUCAUUUAUUCAUUUAUUUUCUUUUCGGCUUAGUCCCUUUAUUAAUUAGGGGUUGCCACAGCAGAAUGAACCGCCAACUUACCCAGCAUAUGUUUUACGCAGCGGAUGCCCUUCCAGCUGCAACCCAUCUCUGAGAAACAUAAUCUAUUGUUUUCUUCUUGUUAAUAAAAUGAUUUGCCUUUGUCAUA